UAAAACAGAAGGAAUUAUUAAGAGUUAGAAAAAGGAAGUAACGAUAGAGAAUGUAAAAGCAGAAAAAAAUAAAAGAAAUAAUGAAUAACAGGUUGGGAAAUGAGGAGUCCCCAGCAGAUAUGAAAAAGGAAGAAAAGGAAAUAAUGAAUCUACAACGGGGUUACAGGCUGUCACAUUCAGUUUCCAUAAUAAUGAACAAAGAGAGAACCCUCUCUCACUCUGUCAGCUACAAUAAAAAUCCUUAGUCCCCAAUCAAUGCUUAGCUAUUAAUUCGAUUUCAAUUCUCUCUGUUCCCUCACACAACACCCAAAACGUAAACCCCUUCAGAGGAUGGAUCCGUGUCCCUUCGUGCGGAUCCUCGUCGGAAACCUCGCCGUUAAAUCGCCGGCGUCGUCGAAACCCUCUUUCUCCGGCAAAGUGCACCCUUCGAGUUCUCCCUUAUUCUGCGCGAUAAAACUGAAGGGGGUGGACUAUCGAGGAAGCAACGUAGCCACAGUGCCUCUAAUAUCGGAGACGGAGUCACACCCUCACACACUCGCAGCCUCGUUCGAUUUAUCCAAAGCGCAAAUCCUCAAAGCCUCGAAGAAACCCCAAAUACAGAUUUCAGUUUACAAAGGAAGAAGCACCACAUCGUGUGGCUUCAGCUCCGCCAAGCUACUCGGAAAGAUUUCGGUGCCACUCGAUCUCACCAUAGCCGACACCAGACCCUGCAUGUUCCACAACGGUUGGCACGCGCUCGCCAAAAACACUUGCCACAACUCGCCGCCUCAGCUAUUGCAUUUCACGGUCCGGGCCGAACCGGACCCUCGGUUCGUAUUCCGGUUCGAUGGAGAACCGGAGUGCAGCCCGCAGGUUUUCCAAGUCAAAGGGGACGUAAAGCAACCGGUUUUCACUUGCAAGUUCAGUUUCAGGGAUAAAAACCCGGUUCAGUUUCAUUCGGUAAGUGCCAACCAUUUGACAGCGGAGCGUAAAGGGUGGUCCAUCACCGUUCACGAUUUAUCGGGUUCGCCGGUUGCGGCAGCGUCCAUGGUCACGCCUUUCGUUCCCUCGCCCGGUUCGCAACGGGUCAGCCGGUCCAACCCGGGAGCUUGGCUCAUUAUCCGACCCGACGGUGAUGGCACGUGGAAGCCUUGGGGCCGCCUCGAGGCCUGGCGUGAACCCAACAACUCCAACGCCGUCGGUUACCGCUUUGAAGUCCUUCCGGCCACCGCCGACCCGGUUACUCUCGCUGCCUCCACCAUCAGUUCCCAACACGGCGGGAAAUUAACCAUCGAUGUGAUCUCCGGCGUCACCCCGGUGAACACUCCGCGCGGCAGCUGGGAUCUCGGGUCUGGGUCAAGAACCGGGUCUGGGUCGGGAUCGGAUUUCGGGUUCGUACAGCAAAUAUUGUAUAAAGGGUUUGUGAUGUCGGCGAAGGUGGAUGGUGAGGGGAAGUGUAGCAAGCCGGAAGUGGAGGUUGGGGUGCAGCACGUGACUUGCACGGAGGAUGCCGCGGCUUUCGUUGCUCUUGCCGCGGCCAUGGAUUUGAGCAUGGACGCUUGCAAGUUGUUCUCUCAGAAACUCCGAAAGGAGUUGAGACAGUAGAUUCCGCUUCUCCAUCGUUUUGCGUGCGAUUAAGGAUAACCACCGUAGUCUCGAAUUUUUUUGGGGGGUUUUUGAGUUGCGAUGUAUAGUUUGGGAAAUUAUUUGGCGUUUUCUUACCUUAAACAUAAAGUUUUGAAUUCUUUUUUACUUUUUUUUUUACGGAUCGGUUCUUGUAUUCUUUUAUUCUUCUUAUUUUGAUGAAGAGUUUGUACAGAAAUUUAAAUUUCAACUUUCAAUUCAUGUCUCGUGUGUUGGAACUUGGAAUUACAUUAAGAUGAGAUGUGAGAUCGAAGCCUGAGAAUCCUAUGUUUUGGUUAAAGAGCAUACUAUUUCUUGGACAUGGGUUGGCUCAAGCCGGAUCAGACAAGUUAUUUGUUCCCAUAUUAUUUUCAACAUUAUCUCGCCAAAAGAAUUUUUUUUUUUCAACCUGUGUCUUAAUUCGUCUUUGGAUUAGACUUCCAUAAAAUAAACUAAAAGAAAAU